AUGACAAAUAUUAUGUCAAACGAUAUGCCGCCUAGAACACUUGACAUGAACAGAAAUGAUUCUAAUGUAUUAGUCUAUUACUCAGAUACAUGCGAUCCAGCGAUAUUAAAUCGUACUAACGAAUACGAUCAAGUUCAGAGCAGCAAAGCCCAUAUCACACUUAUGGUUUUGGCAGCCUUUGCAGUGGUAUUGGAAGCCAUUGCACUCGGGGUCCUAACACGACCCGGAGCGACCCGAUUCGGCUCAAUGCGCCAGAGCCUUGUGACGUUAACAGCUAUUGAAAUGUGGCUCACUUCUACGAUUCUCGUGAAUAAGCUCUGGGAUUUAUAUGUUAUUGAAAAGCACGAAAAGCUUCCGGAAUUAUGUUUUUCAUUCAUCCUUUUCCUAUCUGUCAACUCUGCUACGUGCUCGCGUAACUGGGCUGUAACCUUUAUCGCGUUAGCUCGGUGUGAAGUUAUUACCAGGCCCGUUGCUACCCGCAUUUCAACACACAUCUUCAGCCCCCGGCGACAAUUGAUUUAUAUUGUUAUAUUUAUCCUUAUCGGUGUUAUAAUGGCAACAAUUCGUAUUAGUAUUCGCCCGAUGGUAAUAUGUACAAAUCUGGACUCAAUUGUUCACUUCCCAAAUGUAAGUAGUUAUUCGAGGACAAGUAAAAUCAUUGAAAAUACAUUCUUUGCCUACCAAUCAGCCAUUCCUAUAACUGUGGUUACAAUUGCAACACUAUUUAUGAUAGUUGCUCUUUUACGACACCGUAUGCCCUCCGAGAAGAAAACAAAACAAAGAAAUGCAUUUAAUUGCACAAAUGAUGAAGAGAAAUCGUGGAAUUGUUGCAGAAUUCAAGGGAAAAGAGGAAGUAAUGGCACACCAGGAAAGGAGGAGAAUGGAACCGGCUCAGUAGUCAAGUCUAUUCAAACAGUUCGACAUGCACAAAGAUUACCCAACCAAAUUCGGGCGACAAGAUUUAUAAUUUUUAUUGCAACAGUGUUCAUUGUCUGCGAGGCCCCAGUCUUCUUUGCCGUUGUCUUUAAAUCGGCAAUUUCUGAACUAUUUGGCAAAUUUCUAAAUAUCUAUCUCCGUUUACUAAUUAUUAUUGACAGCUUUUCAAACUUUUUUAUUUAUCUCCUCACUAGCAAACCGUUUAGGGUUGAACUUGUCAACCUACUCUGUUGCCGCAAAACACAAUAUCGCAGUGUGUCUACGAUUAGUCAACACCGAUUCUGA